AGCCGCGCCUGCCGUGAGCCAUUCCGAUGACCUGAGGCCAGUGAGACACUUCUGACGCUUUCAUCAGCUGCUGAGCUACUUGAUGAACUGGAUGCUGCAGGGGGUACUCACCGUGCAAGUCUACUUCUAUUAUCUCCAGUUUCCUCAAGAUCCCCUCCGACUCAAAGUCCUCGUCUAUGGGCUUUUCAUUUCUGAGUGGGUCCAGUGGGGACUGGUCACGGAGGACGCCUUCAUCACCUUCGUUUCAAACGCUAGCAGCGGCAUAGUCGAAUACUACACAGUGGUGAACGAGUGGUUCUCCUUACCGAUAAUGUGUGCAAUCGUUUCGGUCGUGGUUCAAUGUUUCUUCGCCUGGAGGAUCUGGGGAUUAUCAAGGUCGAGGGUUCUGGGUGGGGGCAUAGUGUUGGUAUGUCUUCCUAUCCGAGUGGCCCUCAGGCUAUGGGAUAAUACCCUUGGUACCUAUCUGCCGAAGAGUAAUUGACGAUUUAUACUUCGUACCAGAUAUGUCUAUUCCAGGCAAUCGGUGGAAUCCUGACCGGAGUGAAGUUGCAACAUACACAGUCAGUCCGAGAUGUCCUCUCAUCGACGUCCGGACGCAUC